AAAUACGUAUUUUACCCCCCUCUCCCAAAAAAUACAUUGUGUAUAAAACUUUUGAAGUAAAAUACGAGGUAUUUUACUGUAAAAAUCCAUGUAAUUUACCUGAGGUAUUUUACGCGCCCAACCCUGAUCAAAACACAAUCCAAACAAACAUGGCCGUGCAAGCAUCACCCGGAAAACUCAAGGAGUUAAGAUUACCUAUUUCUCGAGUAAGAACGAUUAUGAAAAGUUCACCUUACGUCGAAGCAAUCGGCCAAGAUGGACUAUUUUUAGUAACAAAAGCUACGGAAUUGUUUAUUCAUUACCUAACAGAAGAAGCACAUUUACAAACCAAGAAGGGCCACAAUUUAGAUUAUAAACAUCUGGCAGAAGUCGUGCAAACAAAUGACUGUUUAGAAUUCCUCCGAGAAAUAAUGCCAAGGAAAAUAACAGUUCGUCAAUUCAAACAAAUGAUGGCAGCUAAAAAUGCUGUAAGUUCGUCAGAUUCUGAUUCCGAUAGUCAGUCGGACAGUUCCUCUUCAUCGGACAGUGAAGAUGAAAAUUCCGACGAUUCUUCUUCAAAGUCCAACGAUAAUAAAACAAACGGAAAAAGCGAAUCCAGUGAUAAAAGCGAUGACAGCAGUUCUAGUGAUAGUGAUGAGGACAAUGAUAAUGAUAAUAAAGCGUCCACCGACAGCUAGUGACAUUUUUUUAAAUAGGCAAGUGUGAAUACAACUUCCUUUUUUUAGUACAUUUUUCUAUAUUUUACCGAACAAACCAUUUUCAAACGUUUUAAAGACACUCAACGACUAUGUAAUUUUUAAAUAAUACAAAAUGUCAAUUACUAUAGAAUCUUAUUUAUGGAUAAUUUUUGAAUCAUAAUUUUGAAAAUAAAAUAAAUUUUUUAAAA